AUGCGUUUUGGACCUAAGUUGAAAUUGCUCGCAACAGCAGUACUUGCUGCCACUCCCGUAUGUGGACAACAUAUAACAUCCGAUAACACUGAUUACAAUUCGGUUCUUAUGGUGGGAGAUGUUGAGGUUGAUGCUGGUGCGACAUGGAGAAUCUACAACGCACUUGUGGAAACAUUCUUUGGCAGAAUUAACAUCAAGGGUAGAUUGUUCAUUACCAUUGACAAAUACCCUUUCUCAUUAUCCAUCACUUCUGGUACACUCAAGGAGUUCAACAACUCUGGAGUUAUCUUCUUUAAAUCUAUUCGUUCUGGAGUUGCACCAAUUUUCUCCUUUGUUGUUGGAAAGUUUUGUAAUACUGGUGAUAUUUUCUUCAGUGCCGCAGGUAAUGUUCUUCAAUCUGUGUAUAUUAUUGCCGCUCCUGAUUGGACUAACGCUAAAGGGGGUUCAAUUUUCUUAUACCAGGACAAAAGAGCCAACGGAUAUGCAACAUUGGGUAGAGUUGGUGCCACAAUUACUAAUGACGGACAAGUUUGUAUUAGAAACCAUGCGUGGACUUCUCACACUAACGUCAGGGGUUCCGGUUGUAUUGACGUCGGUAUUAAUUCCAACUUUUGGUUCAUCAACUCCCUUAAAGACUUUGACCCAAAGCAAACUAUUUACCUUUCUACUUCGUCCUCGAGUUUGUUAGUUCGAUCACUUGGUAGAGCUCAAACUUAUUUGGUUUCCGGAUUUGGUGACAACAAUAUCAUUGGUCUUACAGUCACCAUCACUAAGUUCAAAUAUGACCCAGACACAGGUAUCAUGAACCUUAUGACAGGUUUACCUCCAUUCUACUUUAAUCAAUUUUUCAAUAUUGGUAAAGGUUAUGACCCAGAAAAGUUUGUUGUCCAAACUGUUAACUACGGUGGUCUGAUUGGAAAAGGUAUUUAUAAUGCUGGUGUGAAGUAUUAUGGACCUGUUCCUAGUGAUAGUACCCCACAUACAGCAUGUACUGUGUGUAAAGAUGAGCCGUCAUUGGAAGAUUCGUCUAGUUCUGCAUCACCAUCAAGCACCAUUCCAAUUAGUUCUGUCGUUCCAUCUAGUUCUGAUGCGCCAUGUAGUUCAGAUGUUGCAACUAGUUCUGCUGCUCCAUCUAGUUCUGCUGCUCCAUCUAGCUCUGCUGCUCCAUCUAGUUCUGCUGCUCCAUCUAGUACUGUUACACCAUCAACUCCAAGUGGCUGCCCUGUAGAGAGUCCAGGAAAACCAGGUUUACAUGGAUCUGCGAAAAAGGGUCUUCAUGCAGUGUUUUAUCCAUAUGGGUUCGCUGAUGAUAAUACACUGAAGAACGUAGGAUUUAUGACGCAAGGUUACAAGCAAGGAAAUAGUUUUGCCGAAGUUGACAACGUCAUUGAUUUUGAAAUGAACAUUAACCAGCCAUCCAAUAAUCAAGCUGAUAAUACUAUCUAUGGAAAGUCCAUGAAGCAAAACUUCUUGGUUGAACUUACAGGGUAUUUCAAGGCACCUGAAACUGCCGACUAUGUUUUUAGUAUAACGGUCGAUGAUGCUAUGGCUGUCCAAAUUGGUGCCGGUAGAGCCUUUGACUGUUGUGAUUCCACUUCUGGUGGAAAUAGUGAAGCUACUUUGUUUGGACAUUGGACCAACAAUUUGCAAAUACUCGGAAAGGAUUCUAAAACAAUUUCACUUACUGCUGGCACUUUCUAUCCUAUUAAGAUUGUAUAUGACAACAUGGGUGGCCCUGUUUUGUUAUCAAUGACUGCUUCGACACCAUCUGGUUCAAUCUCGCUUAAGGACUACUUCUAUAGCUUUGAAAACACUGGUGCUGGAUGUCCAGUACAGUCGCAAUCAAGCUCUGCUGCUCCAUCUAGCACCCUACCACCAACCGAAGAUUGCAGCACUACUUCUAAAGUACCUCUGACUACAUGUAUUGAUACUGAGACCGUGAUUUGUACCACAAGCACUGUGAAAACUAAGGUUCCAGUAACAUCAUAUGUGACUAAAACAACUUGUGAGACAUGUGCUAUUCCAACUAAUGUCUGUUCUACUGUCACUUCAAAGUCAUGCAAAGCAUCUCCUGCUUGUCCCACGGAUAAAUUUGGAAAGAGCCUUAAGUCUAAGAACGCACCUGAUGCAAAGUUUAGUGUCUCCGAUGUCGAAUUAGUUAGCGGUCUUACAUACUCAGUAACUCUUGGAAUGAUUGCUGAAAAGAAUUUGGAUAAGACAAAUUUGGGAGCCUUGAGUUUAAGUUGUGGAGAUUUCAAGCAAACUCUUUUCGACCCUAAAUCUAAGAUUGAUAAGAUCAAGGAUAUUAAAAAUUGGUCACAUAGUUUUCAAGUCAAAUGUUUGGACUUUGGCGACAAAAUUUGUUUACCAAACAUCCUGAUUCUGUUCCAAUGGUGUAUUUUUACCCCAUUUUCUUCAAUUUGUAAGUCAUGGUCCUUCUCAAAGAACUACAACUAUAAGUUUGGUUGUGGAAAUGAUCUGGAUUUCGAUUGGUCUCAAUAUUGUUGGCCAAAACCUCCUAAGACUCUGUGCAAAUCCACUAAAUACUUGAGCACAACUUGCAAAACUUCCAGCUUCCCAAACACCGCAUGGACCACCGAUUAUGUUGCCACUACCAGUUGCAAAACUUCUCAUGUUCGUACUGUUUUGACAUUGUAA